ACUCACCACUUCUUUUCUGUCCUCUGCAACAGCGAGCGAGACGAGAGGAAUGAGACGCGGCGAGUGCCCUGACUAGUUGUCCGAGACAUUGCGAGCAAUGAAGUGUACCUCCUCAAGACGACCGCUCUUGGUCGCCGCAAUCGCGCUAAUUACAACAGCCAUAGUCACAGGUGAACGCAUAAGGAGGGCGACAGAAAGCGAGUAUACUUGUCCUGAAGGCGGUGAUAACGGAAACUACGCAGAUCCAGCGACUUGCCGCAGAUUUUAUCAGUGCGUCGACAACUUCCCCUACCUCAACCGGUGCCCAUCUGGUUUAUACUUUGACGACAUCAAAAAACUAUGCACGUUCAAGAAUGAGGCCCGCUGUGGGCCCAUCGCCUCUACCCCUGCCCCUAGCACUGAGCCCCUCAUCGACCGUGCUAACAAGUGCGAUACCAGCGCCUGCUCCCUUCCCUACUGUUUCUGCUCCAAAGACGGAACAAGGAUUCCUGGCGGACUGGAGCCCAGUCAGACGCCUCAAAUGAUUCUGCUGACCUUUGACGGGGCCGUGAAUCUGAACAACGUUGAGCAUUACAAGAGGAUAUUUUCAAGCGAACGCAAGAACUCCAACGGCUGCGCCAUCAAAGGUACCUUCUUCAUUUCGCACGAGUACAGCAACUACCACAUGAUCCAGGAACUGGCUAGCCAGAGCCAUGAAAUCGCCACUGAAACGAUUUCUUUGCAGAACGACCUAGAAAACAAGGGUUACGAAGAGUGGGUCGGCGAGAUGAUCGGACAGAGGGAAAUUCUGCGUCACUUUGCUAACGUGUCCCGCAGCGACAUCGUCGGCAUGAGAGCCCCCUUCUUGAAACCGGGCAGAAACGCUCAAUACGAGGUGCUUGAGGACUUUGGCUACAUUUACGACAGCUCCAUCAGCGUGCCGCCAAGCAAGAUACCCAUCUGGCCCUACACGCUUGACUACAAAAUCCCACACGAUUGCAAGGCAGGCACUUGCCCGACAAAGUCUUUCCCUGGAAUCUGGGAGGUGCCUCUGAACGCCCACUACAUCGAAACUUACGAGGGCGGUCACUGUCCCUACUUGGACCAGUGCGUGCUGCACCACCACGACCCUGACGAGGUGUUUGAGUGGCUCAAGGAGGAUUUCAACCGCUACUACAACCAGAACCGCGCUCCCUACAUGAUGCCUUUCCACACAAACUGGUUCCAGAUUAAGGAGUUGGAGGGCGGCUUCCACAAAUUCAUCGACUGGGCGAUUUCAUUGCCCGACGUGUGGGUGGUGACUACGACUCAAGCUCUCGUCUGGAUGACCGACCCCAAGCCUGUUAAGGACCUCAACACCUACGAGCCGUGGCGUUGCGAGAAACCCGCUUCCGUUGCGGCCCCUUGCAACUUGCCAAACAAAUGCCCACUUAGGUUUAGGGCUCCCGACGUGAACGUCACAUCAACUAGGUACCUGACAACAUGUAGAGAAUGCCCCAACAAAUACCCUUGGAUCGGCGAUUCCGAGGGCACCGGCAUUGCCGGCAGGGACGUGUACAACCCUGAAAACUAAGCGUUUUGACGCUAUUAAUUCCUAAAGAGGCGUGUAUGUUGCUCAAGCAUAACAUAUAAUUAUGUUUGUAAUGAUUAUUAAUUUAAUUGAAAAUAUAAUACUUGCUUAAUAUUCUUUA